AACACCAUGAAGACUUUAGGUGCUUUCCUCCUUCUGAGCAUCUUAGUCCUUUCUUCACAGAUGCCACCUGCAUCUGGUACAGGAAGACCAAAUGAGAAACCAGGCCAGUGCCCAGUGGUUACUGUAAGAUGCCGGAUGAUCAACCCCCCCAACCAUUGCAAUAAUGACUUUGACUGUCAAGGGUCCAAGAAGUGUUGCCAAGGGAUAUGUGGAAAAGACUGCAUCGACCCAGUAUUUGCAUAAAUUCUUGUUUCACUGAUGGACACCCAGCAGCAGCAGCAGCA